GAAGAAAAAAAAAAAGACACAAAUUCAUAAUUUUCUCCAUUGAUUUUUUUUUGUCGACCGGAGAAAAAUAUCUUUCUUCCGUCUUCUUCAUUUUUCUACCAGAAUUUUGAAAUCGGUUUGAUUCAGCCAUGGCAAACGCAGCAUCGGGAAUGGCUGUGCAUGAUGAUUGCAAGCUAAAGUUUAUGGAACUGAAAGCGAAACGAACAUUUCGUACCAUAGUCUACAAGAUUGAAGAUAAGCAAGUGAUCGUUGAGAAACUUGGUGAACCUGAACAAUCAUAUGAUGACUUUGCAGCAAGUCUUCCUGCUGAAGAAUGCCGAUACUGCAUUUACGAUUACGAUUUUGUCACUGCUGAGAAUUGCCAGAAGAGCAAGAUCUUCUUCAUCGCGUGGUCUCCAGACACUGCUAAAGUGAGAGACAAGAUGAUUUACGCGAGCUCUAAGGAUAGGUUUAAGAGAGAACUAGAUGGGAUUCAAGUGGAGCUUCAAGCAACCGAUCCAACCGAAAUGGGUCUUGAUGUUUUCAAAAGCCGCACCAACUAAGAAGAUAACGAACCGUUCCUUUACAGGGUUCUUGAAAUAAGUUUGUUUCUGGAGUGGUUAUGUUUCCUCUCUGACAGUUAUCAAAACUUUUUUUAACACCUUCCAAAACUUGAUUCUAUUUGGUAUUGUUGUUGUCUAUCUUAAUGUCUAUGAGAAAACUAUGAGAUGUGUUGCUUUUGUGAUGGUUUUUCAAUUAGUUUACAUGUACAAUACUUUGGGAAUCAGAUUUGUGUUAUUUCUAAGGCUUCAAAGCCUUGUCUCAUCA